AUUUAGACUACACAACAAUUUAUAGUUUGCUAGUAGUGGUAUUACAAAAUACAACAAAAUGUAGGGUAAGUUAAUAAACAUUAUUUAAAACAAUUAAUGUGCCUGUAUUAUAAAAGAAAUUGAUUGUUGAUCUAUACUGUCUUUAUUUUGUUAUUUUAUUUUUAAUCUUAAUGGACUGCUUGUUUGGUGUUCAGCGAUCGUUGGAGCAUAUAAUUUUCCCACUCCUUGUUAGGCGUGUACAGUUUACGAUAUAUAUAGGCCUACAAGUAUUUUACAACAUAUUCAAGGUAUAACUAAGACUUCGUCGUUAUAGAAGGAAAUAAAAAAAAAAUUUGAUCAAAAUUACACUUCUUUCAAAGGCAUUUUGGCACAUACCCUAUAAGGACGCGUAACAACCCGUUGUUUAGUUAGACGUGUUUGUAUGUUCUUUGUGAUGAUUGGGACAAGUAAGGCAGACAUUUAUUAAUAUGUAUGAUUAAAUUAUAGAUUUUAAUAAUUUAGCAUUAAAUAUAAAAAUGAUAACUGGUUGAAUAGAAUUUUAAAAGAUUGAAGAUAAACAAUUUAAAAAGUAUCAUCGCUAUUCUUUUAAAUUUUAAACAAAAACCAAAACUAGGAAUUUAAAGGACAGUGUUCGUUGUCCUCCCAUACAAAUUAAGUCCUCACUGAAUUGUCUUUCUCCCUAACAAAUGUAAGUUAACCGCAGGUUAUGGGGGGGGGGGGGAGACCACACCUGGUGGAACUAUGAAUAGUGUUUAUAGCCAAUACCGGGACGGUAGUGUUUUGUGGGGAGGAGGGGGCGCAAUAUUGGGAAAUAGCCUCAGACGGUACUCGUCACGGACCCCCCCCUCCCCUGCAGGAGGGCGCAGUCUCAUUCUUUCAUACCGUGUGACCACCCCUGCAGGAGGAAGCUGUCUCAUUCCUUCAUACUGUGUGACCACCACUGCAGGAGGGAGUUGUCGCAUUCCUUCAUACCGUGUGACAGCCACAGCAUGAGGGGGUUGUCUCAUUCCUUCAUACCGUGUGACAGCCACAGCAUGAGGGAGUUGUCUCAUUUCUUCAUACAGUGUGACCACCACUGCAGGAGGGAGUUGUCUCAUCCCUUCAUACCGUGUGACAGCCACAGCAUGAGGGGGUUGUCUCAUUCCUUCAUACCGUGUGACAGCCACAGCAUGAGGGAGUUUUCUCAUUCCUUCAUACCGUGUGACAGCCACAGCAUGAGGGAGUUGUCUCAUUUCUUCAUACCGUGUGACAGCCACAACAUGAGGGAGUUGUCUCAUUCCUUCAUACCGUGUGACAGCCACAGCAUGAGGGAGUUGUCUCAUUUCUUCAUACCGUGCGUACCUUUACUUUGUUGCAUCAUCCUUUCUCGUUUUCCUGUGCCCUUUAUUGAAUCUUCCCUCCCGUAAUCCUGUCCACUUUAUUGAAACGUUGAAUUAUUGGCCAACUUCUCUUAACAAAAUGAUAUAUGUGAAGAGUUCAUUAAAAAUACAAUAUAUAAUGCAAUACAUUUUUUUUAUUUGACUGGAUUUACUGUGAUACAAACACUGGCGCUCCCAGCGGCUCAUGGUAGUUAACCAUGUUUAAAAAAGCUGCCCGGGGGUAAACACACCCCUACCAUCUUUCUUAAGGGGUCUAUGGCCAAUUACAUCACAGCAAAAAUGACAUUUUCAGACCCUCCCUCCCCAUGUCCCAACGUGUCUCAAAUCCAUUACCCCCCCCCCCNUGUAUCCGUUAACAUUUUCCCAUAAUGCAUUGAGAUGUAGAAUUAUUGGGAAACUGUGACGCGAAACAACGAAGUCAUCCACAAGCUGAAUCUAAAAUGACCACAACAGUGUUUGCCUACUUUUUCGAAAUGCGCAGAAGGUGCGCGCGAAUGAGUUCAGUUCACGGUACCUGUAAUACCUGAGGAAAUUUUGACCUCAAAUUAAUUUUUUUUUUAAAUUGAGUAAGAUUUUUCAAAAUUAUAACAUUUAACAUUUUACAUUUUUUUUUUUAUUUUGUGACGUCACAAUUUUUAACCCCCCCCCCCUGUCACGAGUGUCACAAAUUCUCAACCCACCUCCCACUGAGCGUAACGUUAUUUCCAAAUGACUCCUUAGCCAAUUAAUUAUAAUCAACCACCUUCAGUUUUGGACAUUAUUGGUUACAUGGGUUCCCUUUAUUUUGGUUUCACAUAUAGUUUAACGAGCGAUUUAGUCUUUUCAUUUCUAUAAUCUCCAUUUUUGUUCUUUUCAUUUCCCCUUUCUGAAAAAUGAAUAGAUGUUUAUAAUCAACUUUCAAUGAGUAACUUAUUUCUCUUCCUUAUUGCAUUGAUAACACUACCAAUGGGUUGUACGCUUUUUGUCGCUGUGGUUGCUUAGGUCAAUUCUACUUCUUACUUUGAAACAACAAUUGGGGAAGUAACAAUGGCUAAUUUUCUUAAAGGGAUUACUCUGACGGUCCUUGAUCCGUCACAUUGUCUGCUGUCUUUGAAUGCCGCCAUAUCGCCGUUUUCUUUCAGUGGUUAUAGUAGCAUAUGCCGUAAAUAUACACCAACCGAUGAAAGACCACCACAUUGGUUGCAUGCACGCCAAUUGGUUCAGUUACAGCCAGGCGUCACAGCAAGGCGGUACAGCCAGGCGCCACAGCAAGGCGGUACAGCCAGGCGCCACAGCAAGGCGGUACAGCCAGGCGCCACAGCAAGGCGGUAAAGCCAGGCGCCACAGCAAGGCGGUACAGCAAUGGGGCACAACAAAGACUCUCAAGUCUAAAUGGGUGAAUAUAGCACGAAUGUCUCCAGGUCAAGUCUCGUUAAAUGGAUCAUUUAUUAAAACAUCCUCACUCAUGUGAAUACACGGCUAAUUUCGGUCGUUUGAUCUUGCCAGAGUUGACAAAAUUCACCUGUGUUGUCUGUUGACUAUACCUUAGAGUUGGGUGAAUUAUGGGGAUACUAGUAUUGGAGUAAUAUGGGAAAAUUGUUUGAGAUGAAAUAUGGAACACUAGUGUUGCAUUAAUAUAGGAUAAUAGUGUGGGGGUGGAAAUGAACGAUGAAAUAACGGGUUAAAAAAGCUAUGCGAAAUGAGUUACACAAUAAUACAUAAAAACUUCUCGUCAGUAAGUUAAAUAACAUUUAUUUAUUUUUUUAAAGAAAAUUUAAACAUCUUUCUAAAAUAUAUUUUUUUAAAGAAUCUUUCAAUAUCUUCCUAAAACAUUUUUCUUAAACAUCUUUCUAAAUGUAAACAUCUUUCUAAUACAUCUUUCUCAAUCUAAAACAUCUGUUUACAUCCAAAACAUCUUUGUAACCCAUUUUAAACUUUAAAAAAAAAAUUAAUUAAUUAAAAAUUCCAAGAUCAACAUAAAUAUUGAUCCACGCCUGAAUUGUAUGAUGAUAAUAAUCAAUAUAUGGAAAGAUAAAUACAUAAGUUAUGUUAUAAAAUUUUAUAAAGAUUAUUUUAUUUAAUCACUUGAUGUAACAUACGUUUCACUUGAAGUAACAUACGUUCGUCUUAAAUAUAUACGACUUUUGAUUAGUUAAUCAUUUUAAAAAUCACUAAAAUAAAACAAAAUUGGAGAUAUUUAGCGCAGGCCUCUUAACUGCAGACCUUCCUUGUCCAGAGGUCAUUCGCGGGUGGCGAGAAUAGACACCCGAAAUAGCCUCGGGUUCUCUCGUGUCUCCAGUAAACAAUCUCAUGACGUGUGGUUUUCUUUCAAAAGCGCCAACAGGCUUUAAUGGUAGCGUGUCAACGUAAUCAUUGCCACUGACGAGGGCACUCACAAGUGCCAAUAUUGUGUAGGCCUAUGUCUAAGGAAGCUGUGGUUGGGUGCGUUAUGUAACAUAUGGACCACCGUGAAUUAACAUGAACUAUUUAUAAGUUAUCUUUGUAUACUCAGGUCCACUUACAUAGGUCUUGUCUAAGCUUAUUCACUUAUGUUAUUUAAUGAUUUGAACUUUAAAAAGAUACACACUUUUAUAAGUGCAGUGCAAAAUUAACGACUGAAUUGAACACCAUAGUCAUAGUCUUCAAAUGUGGACACAAGCCUAUGUUCGAACACACACACAAAUAUAUGUUCAUUUCAAACACGUUUGAAGUAGCUAAUGUUGGUUAAAAAAAUAUGAGACUAUGUUUAACUUUUUAAGGUGACAUUCAAAGAAUACUUAGUUCUUAAAUCAAAUUACUACAUAUAUAACUAUAACAACUAAAUAAUUGAAUGAAUCCCCCAAAAAACAGUCAAACACCGGCUUAGAUUUGGAUAGAUGACUAUAAUAACUUAAAAAAAACAAAAAACAAUAACAAAACAUCUGUAAUAAUUAUUAUAACUACCAAAAUUUUACUGUAAUCCUUAAAAUUUACCAAAAAUAUACAAUAAUUCCAUCACUAAUAACAAUAAAAAUUAAUUUUUAAAAGUUUAGUAAAGGAAAUAUUGUGUCUGGUAUAUACUAUGGUGAUAAAAAGGGCUAAAAUCAAAACUGUUUGUAACGGCUCUGUGACCCUUUGAAAAUAGCCGCCGUUUGUUUAUGCGCCCUCUUCACUUCGACCCCCGCCUACCAGUACCCUCGAAAAAUGUAAACAUUACUCGAGCGCGCGGUUUUUCUCUUCAUCCACAUUCCCUGGCCCAGGAAGCAAAAGGUACGUCGCUAUCACGCGCCAAUUUCGAACGCCUUCCUACACAUUAGUAAUUGCAGUUCAACCAGACAGACGAGCAGACUGAGACUGAGCGAAGGCGGGUGAAAACGGAUGCCCGUUUUGACCUAAAUAAUAGUGUAUUUAUAAUAAUUUCAUGAAGAUCUUCAUUUAAAUCAGGUAAAUUUAAACCAAAAGUAGGUUGAAAAUAAAAACAUAGUAAAUUUAUUGCGUUUUUCUUAACGUUCAAUUAUCAAUAACUCAACUGUCGACUAAGAAGUAAGGCCGUGUCGUGAAAUAUGCUACGCCUACGUCAACCGAACUUCACUAACUGUGCUAUACCGGUUUAUUUACAAUAGCGGGCUCGCGCUUUUUCGGAAUUUAGAACCUAAAGAAGCUUCUUGAAUUUAAAAAAAUAGAUUAAAUCGCCCUCUGUCCACUAGCCACUAGGUCAUAAAUAUAAAUUAAGCUGUCGAGACUAAUUUUGCCUUUAGUUUUUUUUUUUUUAGUUAAGUUAAAGUUCUAUUAAAAUUUAAGGCUAUUCAGUAUUAUUAAUUAAUUAGUAUGUAUAGUAAAUUAUUAAUUAUAGCUCGGCCUAAUCAAUUGUUAUUAUGAUUAUUAAUCUUAUUGUAUAGGCCCUCUGUCUCUCCACUACUCACUAAAAGUAAAAACUAGUCUAUAGCCUAUAGUUAUUCCAUUUAGAAAUAGAUUUAUUAUAAAAUUAAAAACGACUGCUAGCCCAUAAUUGCCUACACUUACACAUGAUUUGGACGUGAUAUCAACUUUGAUUUUUAAAAAUAUAUUAUAGUAUAGAUAAAUCAUUUUAAUUUAAGGAUCCAGAAUAGGUAAAAUAGGUUAUAGUAAUUGGACCUAAUAGUGAUUAAUAUUAGUAUAGUACACUAUUUUUAAGCGUGUGAUAUUGUGAUUAAUAAAUGUGUGUAAGUGUAGACAUAAUCAUUCAAAAUCAUUUAGGAACUACCUAGCAAGUUAAUACUUAGUAGGCCUACUCAUUUAAACUAUAUUAGUAUAUAUAGUAUAAGUAUAGUGUAAUAAAGGUCUACUCUUCGAAGCAAAAAACUUGGCACUGUUAAGCUAUAAAUGACCAAAAUUAUGAACAAAAAAAUAUUUCUAGAUUGAAUAGCUUCUCUUUCUCUAUCUAGAGGCUCUUUAGCGACGGUGGCUCAGCCAGUCGGCCUCAAAUUGGUUUUGACUCUGAAAAACAUGGUUGUUGAUGGGUUCUAGAAACUUUGGCUCCCAAAAUUUGUUUAAUUGUCCUGCUGAUUUUUUGUUCUUUUGUUAAAUGAGUUUUCAGACCACUGGCCUUCUGGCCUAUUUUUGACUUUUUUGUCCUUAUUUAAAAUUAAAAGUUUUAAUCCAGAAUUAUAUGAAUUCAAUUUUAAUAAUUACUGUGCAUAAUUUUAUCAUGGCCUAUUUUAUCACAACCAUUCAGUCUACUAAUUUAUAUUUUUUCAUUACAGCAAUGGCAGAUGACAUGAAUUCUUUAAGACCCGAACUAAUGAUACCUUCAUCUAAAAAAUAUACACACAAAAAUGUGAAGCGGCUGAAGCGUUGUUUGUCAGAUAAACCAUUUUCAUCAAAUGAAAAUAGAUUCAGCCCUGUUAAAAAAGCCAGCAGUAAUAUUAAAUUCUAUAAGGCGUUGGGAAAGGAAAACAUGGAUCCAGAAUUAUUAAAAACGGGACAGUCAAGGGAAAAGAUAUUCGACGUGAAUAAUAAAGUUUCAAGGAAACCUUUACAAAGGUAUGUGGAUGAUAUUCCGAAUAGUGAUGAAGACAGUUUACAGUCGACAGAAAGGGAUUAUUUAUUUGACUCUAUUAGCAAUCAAGGGCAGGGCUUUCAAAAUCACUUAAAUGUACAUUUACUUUCAAAAGAUAGCAUUAAUUCUGCAUCUACUCCACCGCCAAGUCCAACAUGGAAUUUAAAAAUGUUAUGCACCGCCGUUAGUCCUGAAAUUCGCAGAAUGCAGCAGGAGAAAGAAAAUGGCUUUGAAGAAGGGAGGUCAUCCACGGUGUCAAUGUCUUCAUCC